AUGGGGAACAAGCGCCAGAAAAGUGCUGGGAAAGCCCGCGAGUGGGACUGCAGCAAAGUUGUGUCUCGAAUAACACACAGCCUGUCUUCGCAGAGCGACGAUUGCGUGUUUUUGGUCCUGGUGCUGUCUGGUGCGUUGAACCCCGUGCAUCGCGGACACACAGAGAUGCUGCGACAUUCCAAGAAGCUGCUCGAGCAGUCAUCUUUAGAUGGACGGUCUGUGGUUGUCGCGGGCUAUGCGCUGGCUCCUUCGAGCGAGAGCUAUGUUAAGCGGAAGCUGGGUGCCCACGCGAUCAGUCUUGGUGAUCGCGUGCUCAUGUGCGAGGCGGCUGCGCAUUCAGAAGAACUCACCUGUGUUGUGCCAUUUGGCAUAGCUAGUGCUCUUCAUACAGCAGCCGAGAUGCGGCCGUGCCUCGAGAGGAGACUUCGCAUUGCCAUGGACCACCUGGAGUCGCCGGCUUGCUUUGAUCCAAAGCACGAUGUUCACAUCCUGCCUGUGUACGGUUCCGACUUCUUGGUGAGAUGUCCUCAGGCUGCACGCCAGCCCACCCUCAUCACCUUCCGACAGGAUGAAGAGGACACCGCCGAGAGGGCAGAGCAGAUUGUGGCAUCUGAGACCAAGCUUCAUCCCUCUUUCCGGCUGCUAAAGGUUGAGAGUGGAGCGAUCCCCGACUUUAGCUCAACAGCCAUUCGAGAGGCUUUGGAGGUUGCCAGCAAGGCGCCGGAACCUGCGUCAGAGGCCUGGGGCUACCUGAAGCGUGCGCUACACCCUGAUGUGCUCGAUCUUUUUGCUGCCCGCGAUGGCGUCGGGGCAGCCGCUAAUGAGUAA